AUGACGACUUCGCUGCUCCUGCAUCCGCGCUGGCCGGAGAGCCUUAUGUACGUCUAUGAGGACAGCGCGGCGGAGAGCGGCAGCGGCGGCGGCGGCGGCGCAGGCGGCGCGGGGGGCGGCUGCAGCGGAGCGAGCCCCGGCAAAGCCCCGAGCAUGGACGGCCUGGGCAGCAGCUGCCCGGCCAGCCACUGCCGCGACCUGCUUCCGCACCCCGUGCUGGGUCGCCCGCCGGCUCCCCUGGGCGCCCCGCAGGGUGCCGUCUACACGGACAUCCCGGCCCCGGAGGCAGCGCGCCAGUGCGCCCCUCCGCCGGCGCCCCCCACCUCGUCCAGCGCCACCCUGGGCUACGGCUACCCGUUCGGGGGCAGCUACUACGGCUGCCGCCUGUCACACAACGUGAACCUGCAGCAGAAGCCUUGCGCCUACCACCCGGGCGACAAGUACCCGGAGCCAUCGGGCGCCCUGCCGGGUGAUGACCUGUCCUCUCGGGCCAAGGAGUUCGCCUUCUACCCCAGCUUCGCUAGCUCCUACCAGGCGAUGCCCAGCUACCUGGACGUGUCGGUGGUGCCCGGGAUCAGCGGGCACCCGGAGCCGCGUCACGACGCGCUCAUCCCGGUCGAAGGCUACCAGCACUGGGCUCUCUCCAAUGGCUGGGACAGUCAGGUGUACUGCUCCAAGGAGCAGUCGCAGUCCGCCCACCUCUGGAAGUCUCCCUUUCCAGACGUGGUUCCCCUGCAGCCCGAGGUGAGCAGCUACCGGCGUGGGCGCAAGAAGCGCGUGCCCUACACCAAGGUGCAGCUGAAGGAGCUGGAGAAAGAGUACGCAGCCAGCAAGUUCAUCACCAAAGAGAAGCGCCGGCGCAUCUCAGCCACCACGAACCUCUCGGAGCGCCAGGUCACCAUCUGGUUCCAGAACCGCCGAGUCAAAGAGAAGAAGGUGGUCAGCAAAUCGAAAGCGCCGCACCUCCACUCCACCUGA